UGUGGAUGAGAGCGGACGGAGCACGGGAUCUGUAUUAUACUUAUAUUAAUAGCAGCCGACAACCUGCAAUGCACAGCAUGGCACUCUGAGGGUUGUCGACCGACUGGGACCUGCCCCCUUGCUCUUCAGCAGAGGUUCACUAUUAACCGUUUAUUUUCCGCAUUUACGAGCGUUUUUCACCAACAUGGAGACUGCAGGCUUCUGGCUCCUACUUACUGCACACUUCAUCCUCAUCUACCGACAAGCUGAAGGAUAUGUAUACAGGAAUCAACGCAAAUUUUCCGAAGAUAUUGACUGGUCAUAUACAGGGACAUUAAACCAGAACAACUGGGCCAAGAAGUUUCCAUCCUGCAGCAAUGCCAAACAGUCUCCCAUUAACAUAGAAGAGAACCUGGCCCAGGUGAAGCUGCAGUAUCAGAAGCUGAGAUUUGAUGGCUGGGAGAGUCUGACCACCGACAGGACAACAAUCAAGAACGAUGGCAAGACUGUGGCAUUAAAUGUGGAUGGUGAGUUCUAUGUCAGCGGAGGGGGUCUCAGGUCAAAGUUUAAGGUGGGCCGCAUUACUUUCCACUGGGGAUGCUGCAAUGCUUCUUCAGAGGGCUCAGAACAUAGUCUGGAUGGAGUCAAAUACCCUCUAGAGAUGCAGAUCUACUGUUAUGACCCACUUCGAUUUAAUUCUUUGGAUGAAAGCAUCAAUGCUGGAGGCAGAAUCACAGCACUGGCUGUUCUAUUUGAGAUGAGCACUGAAGACAACAUGAACUACACUGCUAUCAUAGAAGGCAUCAACAGUGUGAGCAGAUAUGGAAAAAGUGCCGAAGUUUCACCCUUCAGUCUGCAAGGUCUUCUCCCAAAUUCCAUCGAAAAAUACUUUACCUAUAAUGGAUCUCUGACUACGCCACCAUGCAGCGAGAUUGUUGAGUGGAUCAUCUUCAAGAAUACAGUGGCCAUCUCUGAUGACCAGCUGGUGAUGUUUUGCGAGGUGAUGACAAUGCAGCAGGCUGGAUAUGUGAUGCUGAUGGACUACCUGCAGAACAACUACAGGGAGCAGCAGGACCAGUUCAUGGGUCAGGUGUUCUCCUCCUACACAGGUACUGAGGAGAUCUUCACACAGGUCUGCAGUUCUGAGCCAGUGAACAUCCAGGUGGCACCACACAACCUCAGCAGCUUACUGGUGACAUGGGAGCGGCCACGGGCAGUGUAUGACACCAACAUUGAGAAGUACUCUGUCAACUACAGACUAGCCAGUGCAGAAAAUGCUGUCCCCUCUGAAUACCUGACCGAUGGAGACCAGGAUGUGGGGGCAAUUCUUGAUCAACUCUUGGCCAACACCAGCUAUGUGAUCCAGGUGGUGGCGGUAUGCACCAACGGUCUAUACGGACGUUCAAGUGACUCGCUGACGGUUGUCAUCCCCGUCGAUGACUCCGAAAAUGCACUGGAUCCAGGUUCUGAUAAAUAUAAUAAUGAGGUCAGCUAUGAUCCUGAUCUGUCCUUGAAUGAACCAGUCCAAACUGAGGAUUAUGAUCUGUAUUGGAGUGCUACAAGCUCGUGGAGGACCACAACUUCUGAAUCACCUUUUUUACCUCUAUCUGGUAUCAGAACUGCAACAGCAGAGUCAGGUCACAGGAAAAUCACCACGGAUCCAGUGAAACCAGAAACCAGAGGACAAGCUGACUUCAAUGGCAAUGCUCCCUUUUAUUCAAUCAAAACAACCAAAGAACACUUACUUUCUACAUUCACUGCUCCUUUAUACCCCACUAUAAUGACAGGUGGUGUUCAUGGAGGCAUAAAUCUAAAAGAAACAGGGAAAGUAAAGGGAAGUCUAAGUACCACUGAUUCUACAGUCAUCACUGCAAAGGCUGAUGGUAUCAAUAAAGGAAGUCAAAAAGAUUAUUCUGAGAAAGUAACUACCACUACUCCUACAAUUAGGGGUACAAAGGUCAAAGGAAAUAUUUCUCAAUUAGGCAGCAUUGCAACCACAGUGGAAUCUCAUACCAGCAGCGUGAGCAGUCCAACAUUGUCUUCUACAUCGUUCAUCCAAGCCAAGACUGACCAACAUUUUGUACAUCCUAUAAACAAAGACAUAAACACUGAUCAAAGUGUAUCCACUGUACCCAGAGGUAUUCCAGAGAUCCAGACAGAAAGCUCAACAGCCAAACCUUCCUCUCCAAGUGAAGCUGUUCUACAUAGGCCUACAAGUCCCAGUAUGCCUCAUUUUUCACCUACCACAACUUCUGUCCGAUUGAGUGUCAUUCUCUUGCAGACUACAAAGCCACUGUCCAAUGGUGAGAGCCCCUCUCUGUUCCCCUCCUCUUCCUCCUCCUUCACCUCCUCCCCUUUGUGUGACACUGUGGACUUUAGCUGUGCCUCCCUUACCUUCUUGCAUGAUCCUGCCCCCCCCUGGCCUAUGUUGUCUGCCUUGGACUCCCGGCAUGCUGCUACAGAACUGCUAUUUAGCAAAGACCCAGCUUCUUUUUCAAUCCCCAUGCUCCCUGCCUCCCCCCUGCCUCACGUCCCUCAGUCCUCACACUCCCCUUCUGGUUGGGAGACUGAACCUGUUUUCCCUGGUGUUGGGUUUGAUUAUAUUGAUAGUGAUGAUGAUGUGUUGCCUGGAUCUUCAAGUAAUCCCUCAAUAUUUAGCAAUACCCCUCCACUCCAAACAGUUCUGGACUCAUUUGGUACCAUUUUCACCACCAAGCAAUCUGAAUCUUCCUGGGAUCCGUCUCUCUCAGCAGUCUCUCUGUCCCUAAGUUCCACCCUCCACCCUUCAGUUAAUUUUUUUAGUAACCUCUCCUUUUUUGGUGCUACACCAGAAUUAUCUAGUUCUUUCUCAGCUGGUUUUGAAGAUUCAAGAUACGCCACAGGGAAUAUAAUAGAGUCUUUUCUUCAUGAGGUCAGUGGUGAUGGGUUUCCAUUAGUUAGCAAUGUCGAUGUCCUGUGUGGCUGUUCUUUGGAGCCAUCAACGUCCUUGCCUUGGUUGCGUGCCUCUCAUGUUGCAUUUUCCUCCUCAGCCUCGGACUUCACGAGUUUAGAGCUUUACUCUAGUGUGGACUUGCUUUCGGCCACUGGUGUUAGCUUAGACAGUUGUCUACACUCUCUAUCUGUAGUGGCCUCUGAUGGUCUGUCCUUAGGCCAGCCAUUGUUUUACCAUAGUGCUAUCCCGCCCUUCUCAUCCUCUCCACACUCCCAGCUUCUCCAAGCUACCCAAAGUGACCUCCCAAUUUCUCUUGCAGCCACAGCAUCUGCCAUGAUGGAAUCCUGGUUCUCAGUGUUAGACAGGAACACUGCCCUGAAAACAUCUGCUCUAUCUCUCUCACCCACAGUCUCCCCCAUCACCCUCACCCCAGAGGGACAGGUGUUAGACACUAGUGCCAGUGUAUCUGGCUCAGCCCUGUUUCAUGACUCCCAGGAGGCCUUAGACCAGGAGUGGGACAGUGUUCAAACCUCAGCCUCAGGGAAGAGCAGGCUCCCCCAGAGGCAGGCAAAUAAGGAUUCAACCAAAGUUAUUAGCACUACCUCCCCGUCAACCACCUCAGAAUCUGGCCAGACCCCAGAUGAUCUGGAUGAACACUCCUCAGCAUUUUAUUUUGAAAGUGGGAGUGGCAAUGCCUUCACCUCUGAGGUGGGAGGUACAACAAUGGAAUCUAUAUUGGCAGUGACUUCCACUUCACUCUGGUUGCUGGGUAGGGAGGAGGAGAGUGGCUCAGGACCAGAUGAAAGCCUCUACGACAACGAGACUUCUGACUUCAGUAUCUCAGAGCAAACAGAAAGGGAGUUGCAAGAGCAGGAUCCAGUGGCAGAUGCUAGUAACAGCAGCCAUCAGUCAAGAGUUGGCUCGGUCAGGGAACAAGAAGGGAAGGGUUUGUUUCCUUUGGCUGUCAUCUCCACCCUCACUGUUCUUAGCCUGAUCAUCCUCAUUGGUAUUCUCAUCUACUGGAGAGUUUGUUUCCAGACGGCUCACUUUUACAUCCAUGACAGCUCCUCACCCAGUCUCAUCGCAACACCACCCAUUUCUGCAUCUGGUGACCAGAGGGCUUUUCCAGUGAGGGACUUUGUCAAGCAUGUUGCUGAACUUCACAAAACUCAAAGCUUCCAUCGAGAGUUUGAGACACUGAAGCAGAGUUAUGAGCUGCAGGUCUGCACCGUGGACAUGGGGAUGACCACUGACAACUCCAACCAUCCUGACAACAAGACUAAAAGCAGAUACAGCAACAUCUUGCCCUAUGACCAUAGCCGGGUACGCCUCUCACUACUGGCUGACAAAGGAAACACAACGGAUUACAUCGAUGCAAACUACGUGGAUGGUUUUAAGCAUCCACAGUUGUACAUUGCCACUCAGGGGCCUUUGAGGUCAAGCACUGAGGACUUCUGGAGGAUGAUAUGGGAGCAGAACGUUGGCAUCAUUGUCAUGAUUACCAACCUGGUGGAAAAAGGACGCAGGAAGUGUGAUCAGUACUGGCCACUGGAGGUGCAGGAGGAGUAUGGCAGCUUCCUGGUGACAGUGAAGAGCACUAAUGUCCUCGCCUACUACACCCAGAGAACCUUCACCAUCAGGAAUGCCCAGACCAAAAAGAAUUCUCAGAAGGGGCGGGCCAAUGAGCGGACUGUGACACAGUAUCAUUACACACAGUGGCCUGAUAUGGGUGUCCCAGACUUCGCCCUGCCAUUGCUCAACUUCAUCCGCAAGUCAUCCAGUGCCAGGACAGAUGACAUGGGGCCACUGGUGGUGCACUGCAGUGCUGGCUUUGGCCGGACAGGCACGUAUAUUGUCCUGGACAGCAUGAUGACGCAGAUCCGAAAUGAAGGCUCCGUCAACAUCACGGGCUUCCUUAAACACAUUCGCACACAGAGGAAUUACCUGGUUCAAACAGAGGAACAGUAUGUUUUUAUCCACAAUGCUUUGGUGGAAGCAAUCUUGUCCGGUGAGACAGAGGUGGCAGCGACUCACCUGCACAGGUAUGUGGAUGAGCUGCUGAUCCCAGGGCCUGCUGGGAGAACAUGUCUGGAGAAACAGUUCAAGAUGGUUUGUCACUCUGGUGUGAAGCAGUGUGACUACUCCACAGAUCUGCACGACUGCAACCACAUGAAGAAUAGAAACUGCUCAGUGAUACCCAUUGAGAGGUCACAAGUACAUUUGUCUACAACAUCAUGGAAAGCAUCAGAAUGGAUUAAUGCAUCAUACAUUGCUGGUUACAGGCAGACCAACGAGUUCAUCAUUACCCAGAAUCCUUUGCCGGGCACCAUAAAAGACUUCUGGUUGAUGAUAUGGGACCACAAUGCCCAGGUCAUUGUGUCACUGCCUGGGAUGGAGGAGGAAGUGGAGCCAUUUGUCUUCUGGCCUUGCAAAGGGCAGCCAAUCAGGUACGAGAUGUUGACUGUCACUCAAAAGAGUGAGACUCACAUUUGUCUGUCCAACGAGGACAUGCUGGUGGUCCAGGACUACAUGCUGAAAUCUACACAGGACGACUAUGUUCUUGAGGUGAGACACUACCGCGUCCCCCACUGGCCAAACCCAGACAGUCCCAUCAGCAACACCUUUGAGCUUCUCAAACUGGUAAAAGAAGAAAGCACCACCAAGGAUGGCCCUUCUGUUGUCCAUGAUGAUGUGGGUGGGGUCACAGCAGGAAUGUUUUGUGCUCUGUCAUCUCUAACUCGCCAGUUGGACGCUGAAGGGUCAGUGGAUGUUUUCCAAGCAGCCAGGUUGACGAAUCUCAUGAGACCAGGAACCUUCAGCAACAUUGAGCAGUAUCAGUUCUUGUACAAAGCCAUGCUGAGUCUCAUCGGGACACAAGAAUGUGAGAAAACUCUUCACUCCUUAAGGGACAUCAAUGUGAUGGGUUCCAUCAGCACUGCUGAAAGCCUUGACUCCCUGAUGUAAUUCCCCCCUCACCCCAAAUCAAAAAAUAAAAUAAAAUAAAAAUAACCCACAAAAACUUUUACAAAUGAGCUAAAGCAUUUUGUCCUUCUCCUGCAAGCACCAAUGGAACUGCUCCUGAAUCCACUCACACACUAUAAUCACUCAAUCAAGAAUGUUGUAGAUCGAGACUGGCAUGAGUUUCUUCUUCACUGGCUGUUUAUGGUUUUGUAACGUGUGCCUUUUUGUGCUCAUCCUGUAUUUCCUAACUUGACUAGCUGUCCAAUGUUUUUAAUGCUGAGACUAACUGUUCCUAAUCUUGUAUUUAUUGGCACUGAGCCAAAUGUGGGGAAAAAGGGAAAAGCUGCAUCUUUUUACAUUAAAUGAUAUUUUGUUAGUCUGUAUUUUGCAGAGCUCUUGCACUGAACUCUCUAUAAAUACCAUUGCAAUGGUAGCAGCAGUGUGCUAAUGAAGUCAAAUUCAAAGUAAGGGUCUGGGAUUAUAAGAUAAUCUAAUGUAAAUAAUAUUACAAUAAUGGACUCAGUGGACCAAAUUUCUAUUUAUACCUUUAGAUUUUUACGUUUGACCAUUUUUUUAGUGCUAUCAAAAAAGGUUUAAUUCUGUUUGCUUAGCUGCUUUUAUACUCUGAAUUUUGUAAUAGACUAGAUAUGAUGUGAUGCAUGAAUACUGACCUUUUUUUUUUUUUAGCUUGAAAGCAAUCACUGCUGGCUUAUUAGGUACAGGAUUAAAUAAGGGAAAGAACACCAAAGAAAGAGCCUGUGAGAGUGUUUUGUGCUGAACUAAAAAUACUGCUAUGAAGAUGACACACACACACACGUCGCUAAAAUCAGAGGGCCUGAAAAUAGACAUCAUGUGGUUUACGAGUUAGUAAAUACACUCCACACUGUUUCCAAAUUAAACAGUUCAAGUUUCAGAUUUGAGAACACUUAAGGCAAGGUCUGAGACAGGGCUAACCACUGAGACUGACAACCAUUUGCACUUACAUUCACACCUUUAGGCAAUUUAGAUUAACCAGUUAACCCAACCCCACAUCUUUGGACUGUGUGAGGAAGCCAGUGAGAACCCCUGCAGACACACAGAGAACAUGCAAACUCCAUACAGAAAUGUCCUGGCAGCAUGGUGAUUUGCACUAGUGCUAACCACCAUGCUGCCUUAAAUUUGUAAUUAUUAUUGGGCUAUACUUGCAAAAC